AUGGCUGACGAUCCCGAAGCCCCCGCGCAUUCGACUACGAGCAACUUGCACAAUGGGACCAGAGCUAAAACUGACGGUCAUGGGAUAGGGAGGAUCUACUUUUAUGCGGUUCUCUUCUUCAUAUGGGCGUUUGGGGUCAUUUCUGUCGGCGUUGGCGCUCAUGCAUGGGUGAAAUCUCAUCAAGAGAAGAGAGCCGUCAAAGCAGCCGUAGUCGCUCCAACGGUCGUCAGCAUCAACACCCAUGAUGUCGACACGGCAGGAAUCGUCGUCACUGUAGCUUGCGGUAUAACAGCCGCCUUCAGCGCCAUAUCCGCACUUCUCCUAUUCCUCAAACACACUCGCUUCUUCCUCGCCCAGUCGAUUGGGCUGUGUCUAUGCGCUAUAUGGAUCUUCGCUGGCCUCGUAGCGUUCGACUUUUACUUCCACACGCGCAGCGCUCGUGUGACGGCUACGGUUGGAGGAAUAGCGGUGCCUCAGGCUAUAAUAAAUUCGGUGGAGAAACAACUUGGCGUUACGGGUGUGUAUAAUCAGCUAGAGUAUCUGAGGCUGGUGGCUAUCAUCCCGUGGUUCACCCUCCUUUUCACCAUCAUCGGAUCGAUCAUUUUCGCUGUCUCCGCCGGUAAGACGGACACCCGAGCUCCUUCGAAAUCUCCUGCCCCACUCAGCUAUACCGUUGAUGAUGAUGGGGAGAAGGAAAAGGAGUUGAGUCCUAUUGAACCCUAG